AUGCAAUUAUAUAAUUGUUUUCUUAAUAAUGAUAACCAUGAUGCACCUCCUUUAUAUACCUCCCCAACCUCCACUUCCCAUUCAUUCAACACCAUUCCAAAUUCAUUCACUCCCUCUCCCAAACUAAACAACAACAAAGUCCCACUCACGGUACCACCUGGUCAACAAUGGAAAUCAAACCAGGCUCAGGCCCAGGCCCAGGCCCAAGUCCAAGCCCACAAGCAAUAGCCGCAAGGAAGCUAUGGAACAUCGUGCGCAUCGUGUUCCUCAUGCUCAGAAAAGGCAUCGCCAAGAGCAAAGCCGCCGUCGAUCUCAACCUGUUACUCAAACGCGGCAAGCUCGCCGCCGCCAAAGCCAUAGCCGGCGCCGCCGUGACGCUGCACGGUGACCGAAACAACGCCGUGGUGCAGCCGCGCCGCGACUACGAGUUCAGCUGCAGCAACAGCCCCGCGCUGUUCCCCUUCAAGCGCAAGCACCAAAGGUCCACGCGCUGCCACGACGACGUUUUGAAGAUGCUGGAGAUGCUCAACAACGAUAACAAGGUGGUGGAGGCUUCUCCGUUGCCCUGGUUCGGGAAGAGCACUCACCUUGGGAGAAAACUCAGAGUCACGGACUCGCCGUUUCCGGUGAAGGACGAGGAAAGAGACGACCACGACGACGACGGCGAGGUUGAUUUGGCGGCGGAGGAGUUUAUUAAGAGGUUCUAUAGGGACCUCAAUUUGCAAAGGAAAAUGGCUGCCAUUGAGUCACCCUACCAUUACAGUUCCUGGGACAGAUGAGAAAUACCAAGAAUCACUGAGCUUGACACAUGGAUGCAGUCACCACGAGUUUGUAUAAUAUACACAAAGUUGAUCAUUAGGAUUCACCAUUGGGUGAGGAGUUUGUGUAAUAUUUACAACAUCUUAUGUUUUAAUCUUGUCUCCUUGUACACAAAAAUGAAUGAAAAAUACUAGCUUUUUUAUCUA